AUGCUUUGUCUCUUCCUCCUCCUCCUUCUUCUUCUCUUCACCUUCCCCUCCCUCGUUCUCACCCUCCCUUUCUUCCCCUCUGAUAACCUCACCCUCUACGGUGACGCCUUCUUCACCCGCAACGCCAUCACCCUCACCACCCAACACUCCAAAUGCUCCUCUUCUUCCAUCGGAAGAGCUUUCUUCAUCUACCCCGUCCGUUUUCUUGACCCGCAAACAAACUCCACCGCCUCCUUCUCCUGCCGCUUCUCCUUCUCCAUCCUCUCCUCCCCUUCUUGCCCCUCCGCCGACGGCCUCGCCUUCCUCAUCGCCUCCUCCACCCACUUCCCCACCCUCUCCUCCGGUUACAUGGGCCUCCCUUCCUCCUCCUUCUCCUCUUUCUUCGCCGUCGAAUUCGACACCGCCUUCCACCCCUUCCUUGGUGACAUCAACGAUAACCACGUCGCCGUCGAUGUCAACAGCCUCGCCUCCUCAUUCGCCUCAGUCGACGCCGCGUCCCGAGGCGUCGACCUCAAGAGCGGGAAAAUCAUCACUGCAUGGGUGGAGUAUAGGCAUGCAAUGAGAAUGGUACGUGUGUGGAUCGGCUAUUCCUCAACUAGACCCCCAACUCCGAUUCUUGCUACCCAAAUUGACCUUUCUGAGAGACUUGAGGACUUCAUGCACGUUGGUUUCACUGCCUCCAACGGAGAAGGGUCGAGUGUUCACCUUGUUCAUCAUUGGCAGUUCAAGACUUUCGGCUAUGAUGAUGAUUCUCGCUCCAUGGAUGUCGUGGAGGAAGGUGACUGUUUCUUGUGUUAUGAAGGGGAUUCCAAGAUGGCUCUUGGGUUGGCAGGGUUGACGGCGUUUGUGGUGUCGGGUUUGGCGGCAAUGGUUGUGGUGUGUGUUUUCUUGACAAAGAAUAAAGCUUGUAUUAGGAAGAAGAAUAAGGAAGAACAAGGGCAAAGUUGUAGGUUUCAGACGAGUAAAGUGCCAACAAGGUUGUCACUUUCUGACAUUAAGUCUGCUACAAUGGGGUUCAAUCGAGAUAGGCUUGUUGGGGAGGGUGCAUCUGCAAAAGUGUAUAAAGGGUAUCUUCCUUUUGGAGGAGACGUGGCAGUGAAGAGAUUUGAGAGAGAUAACGGUUUGGAUUGUUUGCACAACCCUUUUGCCACAGAGUUUGCCACCAUGGUGGGUUACUUGCGGCACAAGAAUUUGGUUCAGCUCAAGGGGUGGUGCUGUGAGGGGAAUGAGUUGGUUCUGGUUUAUGAGUUCCUCCCCAAUGGGAGCCUCAAUAAGGUUUUGCAUAGAAACUUCAAUUCUUCCAUUGUUCUUUCGUGGCAGCAAAGGCUGAACAUUGUUCUCGGGGUUGCUUCUGCUCUUACCUACCUUCAUGAGGAGUGUGAGAGGCAGAUCAUUCAUAGGGAUGUGAAGACAUGCAACAUAAUGCUUGAUGCUGAUUUCACUGCCAAGUUAGGGGAUUUUGGGCUUGCGGAAGUGUAUGAGCACAGUUCUAGCACGAGGGAUGCUACUAUACCAGCAGGGACAAUGGGGUAUCUUGCUCCUGAAUAUGUUUAUUCUGGUGUUCCUACUGUGAAGACUGAUGUGUACAGCUUUGGGGUGGUGGUGUUGGAAGUGGCAACUGGUAGAAAGCCUGUGGAGGAUGAUGGCACCGUGGUUGUGGAUUUUGUGUGGGGUUUGUGGGGAAAGAGGAAGCUCAUUGAAGCUGCUGAUCCAAGAUUGAUGGGAAAAUUUGAUGAAAAAGAGAUGGAAAGGAUGUUAUUGGUGGGGCUUCUUUGUGUGCACCCUGAUUAUGAGAAGAGGCCAAGAGUGAGAGAAGCAACAAGAAUUCUUAAGAAGGAAGCACCACUUCCUUUGUUGCCAACCAGUAAACCAAGGGUGAGAAUUAGGCCUAUUUGUCCUGAUGAUGAUACCUCUGAAGCACAGAGUGUUGUUGCGGAUUGGCUCAGCACAGAUGAUGCUCCUUAUUUGACCCCUAGAAGCCAGUUUUACUAG